AUGGAUGAAGAAGAACAAAAUGAGGAAGACAACAAAGAGGCAACACAAAGUCCCUGGAAAACAGGAUUGCAUCAAAGAGCAGCAGACGAUGCAAUUGAUAGUCAACUUGAAGCAGUAAGCCCACAACCUCGGAGAUCAACAAGAGUGCGAAAUCUAAAUCCCAAGUAUGCCAAUGUUGCUAUAGCUAAAGAAGAAAAGUUCAGAGAACCAGAUGCAUAUGAAGAAGCAUCCCAGAACAUCACGUGGAUAGAAACUAUGAAAGAAAAGAUAAGUGCUCUAGAGAAGAAUCAAGCUUGGGAGUUGGUGCCAAAGCCAAAGGAAGUAAAACCCAUUUCAUGCAAAUGGGUAUACAAGGUAAAAUCUCAUCCUGAUGGUUCGAUUGAGAGAUAUAAAGCUCAAUUAGUAGCUCAAGGAUUCUCUCAACAAUAUGGGCUAGAGUAUGUUGAGACGUUCAACCCAAUUUCCAAGAUUACAACAGUAUGA